ACGAGAAAAGAAAAAAAAAAAAAAUCGGAAAAACGCACGCGGGCUUGGAAAGGAAAGCACACGCGCGGACGGCUCUCCACGGGCAGGUGUGGGUCCACUCGACUCCAUUUGCGACCGCGCCAGGUCGUGGAGUUUUUGUUUUGUUUGUUUUUGUUUUGGCAAGAGCCCAACCCGAAAUUCGGGCCGAGUCCGGGUCAAAACUGUUUGCUUUAUGUUCGGGUCGAGUCGGACCCGGGCUUCUGUGGCACGCGCGUUAAGGAAGCCUGCAAUACGUACAGCACAGAGAGACACGAAGAAGAAUGCGCGACAUUACGUUGUGUUGGUCUACUUACAGUAAUUAGAGUUGGCUGUUUACUCUGUUGAAGGCAGAAAGGACGUAAGGUAAGUUCAUUAGACUGUGCACAACGCGCAUGUGCUGCUCUGCUCCAAUCAACCCCACAUCAAUUUGCCGUUACAACAAGCAACAAAAUGGAGCCGCAAGAUGUUAAAACUAAAUCUAAAAAUGGAAGAAGUUACACUGAUUGAUUUAAAUCUCAAUUAAAACGAUACGUCGGGUUUACUUCAAGUUUAGACCUAUAAUUAAACUCAGUCUGGCGAUUGGGGUUGGAUUUAUCUUUAAGCCUAAACUAAAUUAGUGGAGGGAGAGAGAAAUUAAAAUAUAUAUAUAUAUUUACAGGGAUGGACAACUACUUAUUUAAAAUUUGUCCUGCAAAAAGUUACUGACACUCUCCACUAACGGUUGGGAGAAAAUGUCUUUUCACGGAGGGUUGUGUUAAUAGAAAGUGGAAGUUAAAAAAUGUGUCAGCAUCGUCCAGAGGAUUGUAAAAGUUUAUUCAGGAUUUUGGGGAGGUUCACAUGUAUACAGCAGCAGGAGACACUUCCACGUACAAAGAUGUAUGCUGAAAACAGGCUACAUCUGUCUCACUCCUUGUGUUGAUCCAAGCAGGCAAGAAAAAAAAUGGACGAACUGUUGUUACUCAUUGGUCAGAAGAAAGCAAAUCAAAUUUUGCGUUUAUAAAUUAAGUUUGGAAGUUCUGGGGAAAGAGUCACAGGGAACAGUACAUUGCUUUAAGUCCAGUGUGAAGUUGCCACGGUCAAGAGAUGAUUUUGGGCAAAGUUAAGUGCUCUCAUUACCUGCAAUUCUGGAUCACUUCAAGCUUAUUUCUGCUGACAAGCUUGACGGAGAUGCUGAUUUCAUUUUCCCAACAGAAUGCCAAAGGCAACAAAAGUCGGUUCGUUGACCCUGGCAUUGUUGGUGCAGUGUCGGACAUCCAACUGGCCUUACUUAAACCUCGUAGGGAAUCUGUUGACCUUUUUCUAGAGGAAGAUGAGAGACACCAGACCCAACAAUAAAGAUGAUCCGAAGGUCACUAUAAAAACAUUCUGGACCACCUUAGUGCAGUGGCACGUCCUUUUGUAGUUGCAUUAGCCUCCAUUAAAUAUUAUAAAUAUUUAGUCAUACUGUGAGGAAUAAAUGUUUAUAAUAUAGUAGUUUCAUUAUCCGAAUUAAACUAUUGAAAUAUUCGUUGAGUUUCGAAUAACUAAAUUUUAUCACUGAAUUGUGAUGAAAUUUUAUUACACACGCCCCUCAAUAAAUCUAUAACCAUACCUGUAAUUACAGUAUCUAAUGAAGCCUUCGUUGGUAAAGGACAUGAAGGGCUCUGCCGGUGGCAGAGGGGCGUGAGCCGUCUCUCCCAGCGCUCAGAAAGUAGAUUAAAUUCAAUCCUCUUACGUAUUCACGAGGUCUGAAAACGAGCUGCGUUUGCAACCACAGGGAACGGUCGAGAGAACAUGGGCUCUACUGUUUUAUUUUUUAUUUCCUGUGCGCCCAUCCACAGCUGAGGUGUUCGUCUGAGGUAAGUGGCACAUCAGUGUAAUGUAUUUACUGUAAACACGCUGUGGUGUAGUAGCUACAGCACAAUCCAAAAAGAAGAAAAUUACUCAUACUGACACUCUAAUUGUUUUGUAAAUGUAAAAGGAAAGAGCAAAAGCACUUUCCUUUCUAAUUUAGACAGAUUGCAGUAUAUUUGUCAUAUGGAGACCUCUGUGGCUAUUAUUCUGACCAUGAAGUGUGUUGAGCUCAUUAACCGUCUUUAUGAGCCAUUGCUGGCUUUGACGCGGAGCUUUCUGCAGCUGAAUGGGCCGAUUACAUGUCAGUAAGACAAAGGACGGCUCUUCCCAGCACAGCGAAUCAUUCUGGUCUGGUUGCAUACAGGUCUGCCGGGCCAGAGCUGACCCCCGUGGCGUUGUGGGGUCAACAGGAGCCACCAUGGGGUCAGGAGGUCAGGUCAGGCUCCUGCUGUGGAAGAACUGGACCAUCCGCAGGCGGCAGAGGAUUCGGUUCUUUAUGGAGAUCAUGUGGCCUGUGAUGCUGUUCAUGGGACUGGUGUGGCUGAGGAGAGUGAAUCCGCUCUACCGUCAACAUGAAUGCCACUUCCCUAACAAGGCCAUGCCCUCAGCCGGCAUCCUGCCGUGGAUCCAGGGAAUCGUCUGCAACGCUAACAACCCUUGCUUUCAGUAUCCCACCCGUGGCGAAUCUCCGGGUCUGGUGUCAAAUUACAACAACUCCAUACUGGCCCGGUUCUACUCGGACACAGAGGAGCUUCUUUUCAGUGACCCCGAGUUUCUGCAGGUCGGUCGCCUGUGGAGGGAACUGAACACCAUGAGCAACUUUAUGGACACGCUGCGCACUCAUCCCAAAAAGGUCUCAGGUCGCGGAGUGAAGGUGGAGGCGAUCCUGAAGGACGACGAAACCUUGACGUCGUUCCUGCUGAGAGACAUUCCCCUGACGGAGUCUGUGGUGGAUCAUCUAGUCAAUGCCCAAAUCAGGCCUGAACAGUUUGCCUUCGGGGUGCCAGACUUGCAUUUGAAAGACAUCGCCUGCAGCCUCAGCCUCCUGGAGCGAUUCCUGAUUUUCCAAAGCCAUAGAGGACUCUAUUCCGUUCGGAACGCCAUGUGCAUCCUGACCCCACAAAGGCUGCAGAUAAUCGAGGACAGAUUUUAUGCCAACGUGGAUUUUUUCAAACUCUUUCGACUGCUCCCUCGCGUCUUGGAUAAUUACUCUGACGGCAUUGACAUUCACUUCUGGGUCCGGAUCGUCUCCACCACUUCGGACAGACUGCGAGAUCUGUUCCACAGGAGCAGCUCCAUGGAGUUCAUCCAGGUCGUAACGCCUCUGUUCCAGAAGAACCUGUCUUUCAGGGAGGUGAUGGCUGCUGCCUCCAGCCUUGUAUGCGGCUACACAGAGGGGGCUUUCUCCAGAGUCGCCUCUUUUAACUGGUACGAAGACAACAACUACAAAGUCUUCCUGGGAAUCAGCAGCGACUGGGCCCAGGGUGACUACACAUAUGACAACACCACCACUCCUUUCUGCAAUGACUUGAUGAAGGAGCUGGAGUCCAAUCCUGCCACACGAAUUGUGUGGAACUCUGUGAAGCCAAUGCUGAUGGGACGGAUCCUCUACGCUCCAGACUCACCAGCUGUCAAGCAAAUCAUAAGGAAUGCAAACACAACGUUUGAGGAGCUGGAGAGGCUGAGGACGAUGGGACAGGCCUGGGAGGAAGUGGCUCCUCAGAUCUGGGCUUUUUUCCAAGAUGGAGUGCAAGUCAAGAUGAUCCGGGACACCAUCCGCAAUCCCUCCGUGAUGGAUUUUAUAGACAGGAGCCUGGAAGAGGCGCCAUUCUCCUCCGAACACAUCCUCAACUUCCUGCACAACGGCCCACCAGAGGAGCGGCGCUACGACAUGCCCAACUUUGACUGGCGAGACAUCUUCAACCUCACUGACCGGGUCAUUCGGAUGCUCAAUCAGUACGGGGAAUGUUUAAUUCUUGAUAAAUUCAUACCUCUACCUGAUGAAGAUGCUGUCACUCAUCGGGCCUUGGACCUGUUGGAGGGAGGCAAGUUCUGGGCGGGUCUCGUCUUUACGAACAUGUUCUCUUGGACCACCAGCGUUCCCCCUCAUGUCAAGUUCAAGAUCCGAAUGGACAUCGACAUAGUGGAGCGCACUAACAAAGUCAAAGACAGGUACUGGGACCCAGGCCCCAGAGCUGAUCCCAUGGAUGAUUUCCGCUACGUCUGGGGUGGCUUUGCUUACCUCCAGGACAUCAUAGAGCAUGGGAUUAUCAGGACUCAUACAGGAAAAGAGUGGCCUUUGGGUGUCUACCUACAGCAGUUCCCCUAUCCCUGCUAUGUGGAUGACCUCUUCAUGUUGACGUUGAACCGCUGUUUCCCCAUCUUCAUGGUUCUGGCUUGGGUUUACUCCGUGUCUAUGGUAGUUAAGAGCAUAGUUCUGGAGAAGGAACUCCGCUUGAAGGAGACCCUGAAAACCAUUGGGGUCACCAAUGGUGUCAUUUGGUCCACCUGGUUUAUUGACAGCUUUUUCAUGAUGGGCACCAGCACAGCUCUAUUGACUGCCAUCAUCAUGGGAGGGAGGGUUCUGAACUACAGCGACCCUGUCAUCCUUUUCCUCUUUCUGCUCUCGUUCACCACUGCCACCAUCAUGCAGUGCUUCCUGUUCAGCGUCUUCUUUAACCAGGCCAACCUGGCUGCUGCCUGCUGCGGCAUCAUCUACUUCACCCUCUACUUGCCACACAUCUUCUGCUUUGCCUGGCAGGAACGCAUCACCAAAGACAUGAAGAUCAUGGCGAGUCUGCUGUCCCAAGUGGCAUUUGGCUUUGGUACAGAGUAUCUAUCCCGGUAUGAGGAGCAAGGGAUGGGCUUGCAAUGGGACAACAUCCAGACCAGUCCUUUGGAGGGAGACGAGUUCUCCUUCCUCACGUCCAUCUGCAUGAUGGGCUUGGACACGGUUCUCUAUGCUGCUCUGGCCUGGUACCUGGACAACGUCUUCCCUGGACAGUACGGCAUUGGUCGCCCCUUUUACUUCCCCUUGCUGCCAUGUUACUGGCUCAACAGUGUUGCCCCAGCCUCUGGAAAUUACAAAACGGAACUGGAGAAAAAAGGCUUCGACAAUCUGACAAACAAGGAGCAAGGAGAGAAAAAGGCUGUUGGGGAAACUGCCGAGCAGGUGGAACCACAAGCUAAGGAGAAGGAGGACAUACCUUCAUGUGAACAUCAUGAUCAGCGUGAGAAGCUCAGCCACACAGAGCCUAAGAAGAACCAGAAGGAUGAGGAGCCGUUCUUCGAGGCAGAGCCGGCAGAUCUGGUGAAGGGGGUCUGCAUCCAAAACCUGGUCAAGGUAUUCAGCAACUGCUCCUCGCCAGCCGUCGAUGGACUCAGCAUCAACUUCUACGAGAGCCAGAUUACGGCCUUUCUCGGGCACAACGGAGCCGGGAAGACCACCACCAUGUCAGUCUUGACUGGAAUGUUCCCUCCCACCUCGGGGACGGCCACCAUCUACGGCAAGGACAUCCGCUCGGACAUGGACAGCAUUCGCAUGUCUCUGGGAAUGUGUCCUCAGUACAACAUCCUUUUUCAGCACAUGACGGUGGCAGAGCACAUUCUCUUCUACACGCUGCUGAAAGGCCGUCCAAUAGCUGAGGCUGAGGAAGAGGUGGAGAACAUGCUGCAGGAUCUGGGCCUUCCCCACAAGAGAGACGAACUGACCCAGAAUCUCUCAGGGGGAAUGCAGAGGAAGUUGUCGGUAGCUUUGGCUUUUGUUGGUGGAGCCAAGGUGGUGAUCCUGGAUGAGCCCACCUCAGGGGUGGACCCGUACUCCAGGCGCUCGAUUUGGGACUUACUGCUCAAAUACCGUCUGGGACGCACAGUUAUCAUGUCCACCCACCACAUGGAUGAGGCUGACCUGCUGAGUGACCGAGUGGCCAUCAUCUCUCAGGGUCGCCUUUGCUGCUGCGGCUCACCCAUCUUCCUUAAGAACUGCUUUGGGGCAGGCUUUUACCUCACUCUGGUUCGCAGGAUGAAGCACGAGCCGCCUAAUGCUAGCUGUGACUGCACACAGGACUGCUCGUGUAAAUGCUCCAAAUGUUCGAAGUUUAAAGCCAACCAGGAAGAAAGCCAAACCCCAGACAGACAGCUGGAUGGUAACAUGGAAAGCAUCACAGCCUUGGUCCACCACCACGUUCCACAGGCUUGUCUCAUCGAGGCCAUCGGACAGGAGCUCACCUUUCUGCUGCCGAAUCGGGACUUCCAGCCCAGGACGUACGCCAGCCUCUUCAGGGAGCUGGAGGAAACCCUGGUGGACAUCGGCCUCAGCAGUUUUGGUGUGUCCGACACCUCCCUGGAGGAGAUUUUUCUGAAAGUCACAGCAAAUGGGAAUGCAACCAACAGGAAAUGUAGUCAAGACAGGAAAUCAUUGCAACAGAUUUGUCGAGCUAGUCUCUGUGGAUUCAACAGAGUGGCUGUUGAUGUGGAGGCGCAAAAAGAGACCAAUGGCCAUGGCCCAAAUGAGUUCCCAGAGGGCAGCGCAGGUAAAGGAUCCUACCAGGUCAGAGGCGUCUGUCUCAUCAUCAAACAGUUCCUGGCUCUGUUAAUCAAGAGGUGGCAUCAUGCCACACGCUCCUACAAAGACUUCAUUGCCCAGAUUGUCCUUCCAGCCAGUUUUGUCUUCUUAGCACUGAUGUUUACUCUCAUAGUCCCGCCUUUUGGAGAGUAUCCAAGUGUGACCCUCACUCCUUGGAUGUAUGGGAGACAGUACACAUUCUUCAGCAAUGAGCGUCCCAUGGAUGCACAGAUGAGAUAUUUUGGGGAGGUUUUGCUUGACAAGCCUGGUUUUGGGACCCGCUGCAUGGCCGAUGAACCUUUGGAAGAUUUCCCAUGCAAUAACAUCACCACAGAGUGGGAGAUGCCGAUGGUCAACCCUUCCUUGAUAGAAAUGCUGGAGAGCCCAAAGUGGACUCCUCUAAGAUCCUCUCCGGAAUGUCAAUGCAGCACAUCCAAGAAACUCACCAUGCUCCCUGUGUGUCCUGAAGGAGCUGGAGGUCUGCCACCUCCACAGAGGAUCCAGUCAACUGGAGAUGUUCUGUUCGACCUUACUGGCAGGAACAUCUCUGACUACCUUGUGAAAACGUAUCCCACCCUUAUCAGGACCAGCUUGAAAAGCAAAUAUUGGGUGAAUGAGCAGAGGUAUGGAGGCAUAUCAGCGGGUGGACAGCUUCCUGUUUUAGGAGUGCAGCCGAAGACGCUGCAGGACUUAGCAGCUCAGCUGGGACAACUUCUGAACCUUACUGGGGGUCAAUACUCCAAAGAAACACUUAAAGGAAUAGGGAAGUUCCUCAGGUACAUGGAAACAGAAAACAAUGUCAAGGUUUGGUAUAACAAUAAGGGCUGGCAUGCCAUGGUGUCUUUUAUGAACGUGGCCAAUAAUGCCAUCCUUCGCGCAAAUCUCCCAAAAGGAGCAGAUCUGAAUGAAUACGGGAUCACAGUUGUCAACCAUCCUCUGAACCUGACCAAAGACCAGCUGUCUGAGAUCACCGUGCUCACUACUUCGGUGGACGCAGUGGUGGCCAUUUGCGUCAUCUUCGCCAUGUCGUUCGUCCCAGCUAGUUUCGUCCUUUACCUCAUCCAGGAGAGGGUCACUCAGGCCAAACUCCUGCAGUUUGUUAGUGGCGUUAGUCCGCUGGUGUAUUGGACGGCCAACUUUCUGUGGGACAUGGUGAAUUACUCCAUCAGUGCAGCGAUGGUGGUGGAAAUUUUCCUGUUUUUCGAUAAGAGAUGUUACACCUCACCAACCAACCUGCAGCCCCUUAUUGCCCUGCUCAUGCUAUAUGGCUGGUCCGUGACACCCAUGAUGUACCCCAUGUCCUUCGUCUUCAGCAUCCCCAGCACAGCCUACGUCUCUCUGUCCUGCAUCAACCUCUUCAUCGGGAUCAACAGCAGUGCCAUCACCUUCAUCCUGGACCUGUUUGAGAGCUCUACAGGUCUUUACAGAUUCAACCAGAUGUUAAAGACAGUGUUGCUCAUCUUUCCCCAUUACUGCCUUGGUAGAGGUCUCAUAGACAUGGCCAUGAAUCAGGCUGUGACUGACGUCUAUGCUCGCUUUGGUGAGGAUUACAGUCCAGAUCCCUUUAACUGGGACUUCAUUGGGAAGAACCUGUUCUGCAUGGCCAUUGAGGGAUUUGUCUAUUUCAUCCUCAACAUCCUGUUUCAGUACCGCUUCUUCCUGGAUCACUGGAUUUCAGAUAGCCCAAAGCCUCAUAUGCUGGAGGAAGAUAAAGAUGUGGCGGAGGAAAGGGAGCGAAUCCACAGGAGUAAAAAUACAUUUGAUAUUUUACGUAUAAAAGACCUGUCCAAGACGUACAGAGGAACAAUGAUCCCCGCGGUGGAUCGGAUCUGUGUUGGAGUUUCACCCGGAGAGUGCUUUGGCCUGCUGGGAGUAAAUGGAGCCGGGAAGACCACAACGUUUAAGAUGCUAACUGGAGACAUAGACGUGACGUCAGGAGAGGCUUCUGUCUCCGGCUACAGCAUUUUGACCAACAUCCUGGACGUCCACCAGAACAUGGGUUACUGCCCCCAGUUUGGUGCCAUCGACGAGCUUCUGACAGGAAGAGAGCAUCUGCACCUGUACGCCCGCCUCCGAGGGGUCCCAGAGUCUGAGAUCAGCAGGGUGGCUGAAUGGGCCAUCCAGAAGCUGGGUUUAUUAGAGUACGCAGGUCGAAGCGCUGGGACCUACAGCGGUGGUAACAAGAGGAAACUCUCCACCGCCAUUGCCAUGAUCGGCUGUCCCACUCUGGUGCUGCUGGAUGAGCCCACCACAGGCAUGGACCCCCUCUCCAGACGCUUCCUUUGGAACUCCAUCAUGAGUGUCAUUCAGGACAGGAGAGCAGUGGUCCUCACCUCACACAGCAUGGAAGAAUGUGAAGCGCUCUGUACCCGCUUAGCCAUUAUGGUUAAUGGAUCCUUCAAAUGUCUGGGAACUAUUCAGCAUCUCAAAUACAAGUUUGGUGACGGCUACGUGGUGACCAUGAAGAUCAGGGCGGCCAAGCCCGGCUGUCUGCCUGACCUGAACCCUGCCGAGGCUUUCAUGGAGAGCACCUUCCCGGGCUCCAUCCAGAGCGAGAAGCACUACAACACUCUGCAGUAUAAGAUCUCCUCUCCAUCUCUGGCCAGGAUAUUUCAAAUGGUCCUGGCUAACAAGGACAAGCUAAACAUAGAGGACUACUCUGUGUCCCAGACAACUCUUGACCAGGUGUUUGUGAACUUUGCCAAGCAGCAGUCCAGAGAGGACGACACCAUUGUUCUGCACCCGAAAGCUGCUGGCGCACAACGGUACAUUGAAACCACGGCCAUCAAGUCUUACAGGAAGUAAACCGAGCCGGACGGGAGCUCUGGGUGUUCGCUUCACUGCUCCAAUGAUUUUAGUGACCUGCCAUACAGCUUCUACUCUGGUAUAGUUAAAAAAAAAAAAAAACAACAAAAAAAACUCUGAAAUCAGAUUUAAUUGGCUAAAACAAGUGUUGAAGAAGGAAGUCAUGUGAAUCAAUUUUUUUUCUCUUUUGCGUUUUGAUAAAACAAAGUUAGUUUAGUGGAGCAUUUAUGUGCCUGCUGCAUGUUCCGCGGCCUCCUCGCCUUAGAACCGGAUUUUACAGACUUGAAAUGUAUAGGGGUGAACCGAUUGCAGUUUUCUGGCUGAUCGCCGAUCUUUAAAAAGUCUGACCCGCCGAUCGCAAUUUUGAAGGAUACCAAUUUUUUAUAUGUUUUUGUCUGAAAAGUUGAUAAAUAUAGCGACAAAUUGCUAAGUCUGCAACGGUGGUGUGACUAUUGUUAAUUGCGCUUCCAUAAUUAAGGUUUUAUCGGCACACCCCUAGUGAAAAAGCACGGGGUCGUCUGUUGAAGGAACAUCAGAAAAUGCGUACCGUGUUGGCUUGGAAGAAAGCGUAGCGUUUCUACUCUUCUUCAAAUGCCAAGCGAGAGACCUUUCAACUGCCUUUAUAUCCCUGUGAAAGAAGCACUUGAACAAGCUUAGGUUUUCAUCUUUUUUUGCACUUUAUUGAUUACAAGCAUCACAAUCUCCUGUGUUUUGACAGUAUUUUGGUGAAAUACAUUUACUGAUUAUUACAAAAUCCUUCGACUGCUGCAAACUCAUUUCAGCCCGUUGUAACAUUUUUGUUUUUGAACGUUUAAAUCUUCUAAAGGCUUUUCUUAUACAUAUCCAGCUCUGAUUUUUUUUUUUUUGCUCACAUUUAUUACACUUGGAGGGUUAGAGGGUGAGGAAUGAAUGUGAAUGUUUCUGAGAAGCAUCAAAUCAAAUAAAGUGCAUGUUUCUUUAA